AUGCAGAAUGUUGAGGAGUUCUUGGUGGCUCUGGCCAACAGCUCAGGGGCCCCUGAAAUCAAUCCUGUGGUGAGGGACAUCAUGAUGAAUCGGACAUUCAGCGUCAUCAGUGCUCAUUUCCCAGACUUUUCCAGAGCUGAGUGGAGUGACUGGUUCCAGUGGAAUCUUGUCCCGCUGCUCCCCAGUCUGACUGCAGAGAUGCUAACAAUGGCAACAUCAGAGGUGGACUGCGACAUUUACCAAGAGAUUGUCAAAGGGCUGGACCUGGUGUUUGAGCAAAUGACUUUGAUCAGGAAGCAGGAGAUCACAGUUGUUUUGGUAGAGUACCUGAAGGGUUCUGGACAAGUCAACGGCUCAGGCUCCCCUUGUGGAUCUAGCACCAGCAGCGCAGGGGCCUGGCUUUGGGCCAACUUUGGCAGAUACUCCGUCUAUGUGACUCUGGCAGACCUUCAGUCGCUCAACGAUUAUUUCUCUGGUUUUGCAUCACUGGAACUCUUGACUCCAUCUCAAACAGCUGAUCUCACCGUACGCUCUGGAGCACUGAACAAUACAGAUUUGAUCACCAGAGUUUUUGACCGUCUGAAUCAAGGCGAUGCUAUGCAGAAUGUUGAGGAGUUCUUGGUGGCUCUGGCCAACAGCUCAGGGGCCCCUGAAAUCAAUCCUGUGGUGAGGGACAUCAUGAUGAAUCGGACAUUCAGCGUCAUCAGUGCUCAUUUCCCAGACUUUUCCAGAGCUGAGUGGAGUGACUGGUUCCAGUGGAAUCUUGUCCCGCUGCUCCCCAGUCUGACUGCAGAGAUGCUAACAAUGGCAACAUCAGAGGUGGACUGCGACAUUUACCAAGAGAUUGUCAAAGGGCUGGACCUGGUGUUUGAGCAAAUGACUUUGAUCAGGAAGCAGGAGAUCACAGUUGUUUUGGUAGAGUACCUGAAGGGUUCUGGACAAGUCAACGGCUCAGGCUCCCCUUGUGGAUCUAGCACCAGCAGCGCAGGGGCCUGGCUUUGGGCCAACUUUGGCAGAUACUCCGUCUAUGUGACUCUGGCAGACCUUCAGUCGCUCAACGAUUAUUUCUCUGGUUUUGCAUCACUGGAACUCUUGACUCCAUCUCAAACAGCUGAUCUCACCGUACGCUCUGGAGCACUGAACAAUACAGAUUUGAUCACCAGAGCCCCUGAAAUCAAUCCUGUGGUGAGGGACAUCAUGAUGAAUCGGACAUUCAGCGUCAUCAGUGCUCAUUUCCCAGACUUUUCCAGAGAUGAGUGGAGUGACUGGUUCCAGUGGAAUCUUGUCCCGCUGCUCCCCAGUCUGACUGCAGAGAUGCUAACAAUGGCAACAUCAGAGGUGGACUGCGACAUUUACCAAGAGAUUGUCAAAGGUCUGCACCUGGUGUUUGAGCAAAUGACUUUGAUCAGGAAGCAGGAGAUCACAGUUGUUUUGGUAGAGUACCUGAAGGGUUCUGGACAAGUCAACGGCUCAGGCUCCCCUUGUGGAUCUAGCACCAGCAGCGCAGGGGCCUGGCUUUGGGCCAACUUUGGCAGAUACUCCGUCUAUGUGACUCUGGCAGACCUUCAGUCGCUCAACGAUUAUUUCUCUGGUUUUGCAUCACUGGAACUCUUGACUCCAUCUCAAACAGCUGAUCUCACUGUACGCUCUGGAGCACUGAACAAUACAGAUUUGAUCACCAGAGUUUUUGACCGUCUGAAUCAAGGCGAUGCUAUGCAGAAUGUUGAGGAGUUCUUGGUGGCUCUGGCCAACAGCUCAGGGGCCCCUGAAAUCAAUCCUGUGGUGAGGGACAUCAUGAUGAAUCGGACAUUCAGCGUCAUCAGUGCUCAUUUCCCAGACUUUUCCAGAGCUGAUUGGAGUGACUGGUUCCAGUGGAAUCUUGUCCCGCUGCUCCCCAGUCUGACUGCAGAGAUGCUAACAAUGGCAACAUCAGAGGUGGACUGCGACAUUUACCAAGAGAUUGUCAAAGGGCUGGACCUGGUGUUUGAGCAAAUGACUUUGAUCAGGAAGCAGGAGAUCACAGUUGUUUUGGUAGAGUACUUGAAUGGUUCUGCACAAGCCAAUGGCUCAGUUUUUUUCACAGUCAACAAUACCCUCAGGUCAGAGUUCUACAGCUACUACUCAUCCUAG